AACUCUUCUCCACAAAAACCUACACGUAUGCACACACACUCAAACUAACUGUGUAAAUAAAUAAAUAAAUAUUUAAAUACAUGUGUUUUUUUUUUUUUUUGUAUUUCAUUCGUGCAUUCGUUUUUCGGUUGUUUGUCUCUAGACGUAACGGUUAUCGUGAUUGAGUGUCGGAGGGAGUGAGUGAGUGAGUGAGAGAGUGUGUGUACAUGAGAGUUUUAAAGUGUAUGCGUGCGUUAACAUGCGGUUUCCGGUUAAAUAAAAUUCAAUUUAAAUUUUCUGCUCGAAAGAAAUAAGAAAACAAGAAUUUUCUUUAUAAUUUAACUUAAACAUUCAUACAGUUCUAACUAUUUUUACAACCCAACUGCCUGCCAGCCUGUCUACCAAUCACUCAGACUAAACAAUUGCUUCAUAGCCAGAACCAGAAACAGAAACAGCAAUAAAAGCAGAAUUAAUAAUAACAACAACAACAGCAGCAGCAAGAAUGACAACAACAACAAUAUAACUACUACUUUUACUAAUACUGCCAAAUAAAAAAGGAAAUAAAAUAGAAAAUAAAAGAAAGAAAUCAAACAAAUAAAACAGAAGGUGUAAUAAAAGAGAGAAGAAGUAAAUAAAAUACUAAAGAAAGGAGAAGACUAAAGUGGUGGCAUUGUUGUGUGAUAUUUGAAAAUGUAUGACGUAUUACAUUCAAGGUGGUAGUGCUGUUGCUGAUUUGGUAAACCAUUCAGACAGUGAAAGUGGCAGUGAAAUUUCAAUGGAGAUAAAUGAUAAAUUGCCGCCAUCCAGCCAUCAUUUCAAAUAUGCGUCAUUACAAAGGCCUUCGCGACAAGGCAGCUAAACUUUACUCUAGAUGAAAUGAGUGAAACAAACCAAUCACACCAACCAACCAACCAAUCAACCACUAACAAAUCAAUCUAAACUCUUUGCUAUAAACUGUUCUAAGUGCUAAAAUAAAACAAAAACCCACAAACAUCAUCUCUUCCACAUCUACCCCCUGUCCAACUGAAAAAGUGGAUUGAUUUUAUGGCUUGGCCUACAAUUCACCAGUGUCAACAAAUCAAAUUAAUAGAGUGCCAUCUAUGUGCGUAUGCAUGUGUUAAAGUCCCGUGUUCCCCAUGAUUGUAGGACUUUCUUCCUUAUAAUUAAAAGUCUGCCCUUGUGUGAGCGAGCGAGUGAGUAAGUGAGGGAGUGCGUGCAUGAGAUUGUGGGCCAGUGUGCUUACAUGUGCGAGGAGAACAUUAUUUAUAUAUAAAUAAUAAUCGGUGAGAGUUGAAGAUUCCAGCCAUUUAUCGUAGAAGUGAUUACAAAUUUCAAUGCACGCAAACGUGACAUCUGAUAAAGGAGGAGGAGGUGGUGGAUCAUGGCGUCUGCCUCCAGACGAAACAUUACAAGUACAAGAUUCAAAAAUCAAAGAUCCAGACUUAGACCUCGAUGAGGGUCACAAUUGGCGAUCGAUAAUAUUUUCGCUCCUAGUGAUAAGUUUUGUUAUAGCUGGCAUUAUAACGGCCAUUUAUUUAUUAGGUUAUGUAGAUGAAUUACUUUAUUGGUCGGGUCGACGCAUGAUACUGGAUGAAUAUUUGCAGGGAGAUCUAACGCCUUCCCGGUUGCAACCCUCUUGGGUUACGACCAAAAAGUAUGUUUUUCAAUCGGACGAUGGUGCCCUCUCCGUUUUAGAUACUGCCACCAAUACGGUUAGUACUUUGGCCACUAAUCACACUCUAAGACAACUAAAUGUACAGGGCUAUCAAUGCUCCUACGAUCUGCGAUACGUUCUAUUCAGACAUAAUGUUAAGAAGAUUUUUAAAAAAUCAUUUACUGCGUUUUAUACCAUUUAUGAUGUUGAAAACGAUCAUCAUAUGCCUGUGAAAUUAAAAGACUCGCCGAAGGUACAGAGAACCCGGCUACAAUAUGCCUCCUGGAUGGGCAACACCACCUCACUGGUAAUCGUAGCCGAUAAUGAUAUUUACCUGAGACAAUCACCAUCCGAUGAAGAAGAUUUACGCAUUACAAAUUCUGGCUAUCAAAAUCUCAUUUAUAAUGGUGUGCCCGAUUGGUUAUAUCAGGAGGAAAUUUUCGAUGAACCAGAAGCCAUUUGGGCGUCACCAGACGGUACACACUUUAUGUAUGCCUCCUUCAAUGACAGCAAUGUCGGCAUGAUGACCUAUCCUUGGUUGGCAUCUGGCGCUGUUUUGACCGGCUCUGGUAUGUCAGCUGGCAGUUCGUUUCCCGAAACCAAAAAUGUACGUUACCCAACACCGGGUACAACAAAUCCAGAAGUGCAAUUAUGGAUAGUUGAUAUAACAAAUGCCUCAAAAAUUUAUCAUAUCCUCCUGAAACCACCACCUUCCCUAGACGGACAGGAUUAUUAUCUGACGUCAGCCGGAUGGGUAUCAGAUGGUAAUCGUCAAGUAUCGCUCGUUUAUAUGAUGAGAUCUCAAAAUUACAGCAUAAUCGCAACAUGUUUUGCAGAAACAAAUUGGGAGUGUUCAGAGAUUCACUCAGAAAGAGCACCAGAAGACGAAUGGCUUGAUAUACUGCCACAUCCGGUAUUUUCUCCAGAUGGAAAUAGUUUUUUAAUAUUAGCUAGUGUACAAGAAUCGGGCACGGAACAUUUUACCCAUAUAAAACAUGUAACCAUAUCACAACAAAGAAUAUCUGUUAUUUCUCAUGGCAGAUAUGAGGUAUUGAAAAUUCUUUGCUGGGAUACUGCAAAUCAUUUAGUUUAUUAUUUGGGUACUAAAGAUAAGAAACCUGGACAGAGACAUCUUUACACUGUAAGAGAUCCAGUUAAUGAUGAUAAUAGAAAAACUGAACCAACUUGCAUAACAUGCGAUUUGGGCGAAGCUCUUUGGAGCAGUCGCUACUAUUAUCUUAACUGUUCUCAUUUCGAUGCCUUCAUAAUGCCAACGUCUUCCAUUGCCACCCCACAUGGAAUUUCCUUUUAUAUACUGGAGUGCCAGGGUCCCGGAUUGCCCGUAUCGGGUGUUCAUUUACAUAAAACUCACAGUCUGGAGAGAAUACUUUAUGAUAAACGUCCAUUUUAUAUAGAACGAUUGCAAAAGUUGGCCUUGCCCACACAAAGAUCGUUCGAAAUACCGUUGCCUCAUGGCAGUCGAGCUCAAGUGCAAUUAUUGCUGCCGCCCAGUUGGCGAGAAGAAUUGAGAGAUGCAGCAUUUCCCGUUAUAGUAGAAGUCAAUGGCCGUCCUGGAUCUGAAUCGGUAUCAGAAAAAUUUCGUGUAGACUGGGGCACUUAUAUGUCAUCACGCAAUGAUGUCAUUUAUAUACGUCUAGAUGUAAGGGGAGCCAAGGGUCAGAGUAAAAGAUCUCUAUAUAGACAUCUGGGUGGUGUAGAAGUUCAGGAUCAAAUUUCUGUGUUACGUUAUCUGCUGGAUACCAUAAGUUUUUUAGAUGAAACUCGUGUUGGUAUUUGGGGUUGGGGUUAUGGUGGCUAUGUCACCUCGAUGGUCUUGGGCACCCAACAAGAUGUUUUCAAAUGUGGUAUAGCUGUCUCACCAAUUGCCGAUUGGCUUUACUACAAUUCAGCAUUUACAGAGCGUAUUAUGGGUCUUCCAGCUGAAAAUUACAAGGGUUAUGUGGAAGCAGAUGCAACUCAAAGAGCACGUCUGAUCAAAUCACAUGCAUUUUUUCUAAUACACGGCUUAGCCGAUUCUACAGCACCUUAUAUACAUGGAGUUCAAUUAGCUAAAUCCUUAACGGACGCCAAUGUCUUGUACAGAUAUCAGACUUAUGCCGAUGAAGGCCAUGAACUAAGUGGUGUUUUAGAACAUGUCUAUUCUUCCAUGGAACAUUAUUUUUCUGAAUGCUUAAGUUUAGAUCCAGAUGAUACUAAGCCAAAUUUGGAUCAAACUAUAGUACCAGCCGAAUAAGUAUUUUACAUAGAAACAAACAAACAAACAAAAUUAUAAAUAUUUAAAUCAAACUUUAAGCCUUGUUAAUAAUUUUAUUUAAUUAUUUAUUUAUUUUAUUUCUGUUGUUUAUUAACUAUUUAAGUUUAAAAUUUCCAAGAAUAACAAAAAACAAGAAAGAGAAAUAAUUAAAUUACAUACUCACAACUGCAACUAAAUUAUUUAAACAAAACCAAAAAAUAAAAAAAAAAAUAGGUAAAAUUAAACAA